CCCAUUCCCCCCAGUGCAGAGGGUGCUGGGGGGGUCUGCAUUCCCCCCCAGUUCAGAGGAUGGUGGGGCCCCCAUUCCCCCCCCAUGCUGAGUAUGUUGGGGGUCCCCAUUCCCCCCAGUGCAGAGGAUGGUGGGGUCCCCAUUGCCCCCCCAUGCUGAGUAUGUUGGGGGUCCCCAUUCCCCCCAGUGCAGAGGAUGCUGGGGGGUCUGUGUUCCCCCCCAGUGCAGAGGAUGGUAUCCCCAUUCCCCCCAGUGCAGAGGAUGCUGGGGUCCCCAUGCCUCCCCAGGUGCAGAGGGUGGUGGGGGUCCCCACCCCACCCCGAGGUGCAGAGGGUGGUGGUGCCCCCUCUCCUUCCCCCCUUCAGAUGCGGAGCAGGGUGUGCUUGCCUGCACCUGCCUCGUGCAGGAGGGUGAGGCCCUCUCCAUGCCAGGCCGCACAGUGUGACUGGUGCUACAGUCAGGCUGUGUUUUAUUCCCAUGGGGUGUGCGUGAUGGUGCACAGAGCCUGCCUUUGCUUGCACAGCACGUGCACGGGCACGUGGGGGUUUCAGGGGCACGCGUGGGUGAAUAAAAUCAGACGAGCAUGUAUAGGCGUGUGUACGAUGGCACAGAUUACCAGAGCAGGUGUGGGUGUAACAGCUCACGGCUGUGCAAAACCUUGAACAAGUGCACGGUGCUUUCGGAUAAAUAUGUUGACCUCUGGGCAUCUUGGGCAGAAAGAAUUAGGGCAGGAGCAGAGAGGUGGCGGGCAUGCCCCCCUCCAAGGGGAAGCCUCCAGUAGAAAGCGGCUGCCAUGAAGCGAGGGGGCUCUGAAGAGGGUUUGACCCGGGGCGAGUCGGCUCAUGCCGUGCACAGAAUUGGCCUGGAAAUGCCAAGUGCAAGGGCCAGUGUUGGAGGAAGGAGCAGACGUGGCAGCAGAUGCCAGGCUGGCGGAGCCUGGGAAAGGAGCAGAGAGCGAGAACUCCAGAGGUUCAGCAGGUCUGUUUGUAUGUGAUGUGGGGAACGCAGCCCCGGCUCCAGGACUUCUGAACAACAUCUUUGUGCCAGUUACAAGAGGAAUGAGGCAAAACCAGAUGUAAUCGAGGCCUGAAGAGAGCGAGAACCUCGGGCGGUCCAUUUAUCCUAAUGGAAAAUCAGAGCUUUCAUAUCACAGCUUGGAAAGAUCAGGCAGGGGGAGCGCCAGAGGGGAUGGAAGACAUUGUCGCUGCCUGCCUUGCGGAUAAAGAGUCACAAGGCGAAUGCUCAAAGCUUGCUCCAGAAGUGGACGGUGAAAAGGGGCCAUCAAACAUUGAAGGGUCUUCACUUGGCCCUGGAAACUGUGACAAAGCGCUGCCGUCAGAAGAAGCGCUUAAGGAAAAGGCUACUGUUGCUGGGGGGGCUUUUGAAAGCCCUAAAAUAAGUGGCGUUACCGGUGAUGACAAUAAGGGACGCAGAGCUGUCCCAAGUGAAACCCGCUUCGUGAACUCGCCGCAUCUUGAUCAAGCUUUAGAUGAAAAUAAUAGCAGAGAGCGCCAGAGCGCUCCAGAAAUCCCACAUCUUGAGGCCUUGGGGAAAAAAGAGAAGUUGUGCAAUGUAGAAAAUGUGGAAGUCCGAGGUCCUGAAGAAGCAGCGACGUUGCAGGAAACAAGGUUGCCCGGUUUGGGAGGUGUCAGAACAGAAGCGUGUCUUAACCGGGAAGGAACCGCAGUGAAAGCACUGCUAAGCCCAGUAGAGUUUGCAGGACCUGUUUCCGUCUUCUGGGAGCAGGGAACAUCCAGGUCACCCAACGGCCCUGAUCCAGGAAAGGAGGAGGAAGAGCUUUGCAGCAUUCACACCACAGCUGGCAACGACCCGGUUGCAGGCGAGAGAGUGGGAGAAACUCCUGUUUCAAAUGAGGAUGGGAGUGAUGAACACUCAGCAGUUUCUUUGAACGGGGUCAGACAGAACAAAGUGCCAUUGGAGAGGGAAGGCGAGAUGGCCGGAGAGGGUUUCACUUGCAGCAGAAACUCUGAUGUCAGAGAAAUAAAAGGAGAAGAUACAGAUUUUAAGGAAGAGAUCAUUACAGCUUGCGGGCCUUUGGGAAGUCCUAAGAGAAUGUGUGGCAGGAACAAGAUAAGCCUUAUGAAGCCAAGUUACGUAGUCUUGAAAGAUCUCAGGGACGAGUUAAAAGAAAAUGGAUAUUCGUUAAUGAGCUCAAGUGGCGAGAGACUGUCAUUGAACACCCAAAAGGAGAGAGAGACUGUUUUCUCUGACGCGUUACAAAUCACUUUGCGUGGGGGUUUAGAAGAAAGCAACACUAAGAAACAAAAUAAAGUCCCCAACAUUAAGACAGGGGUGCAAAAUAAGAAUUCAAACAACGCGAAGAUCAUGGAGAUCAGUAGGUCAGAGAAAGGAGUCACUUCUACAGGAUCGAAUGGUAUUGAUACGGAGAUUCACUGUGCUAUUGAAGAAACCCAAGAAAAUGGAUCACUAGUGGAAAUGGGCUCUCCAGAUUAUUCAGGUAUGUGUGAGCAGGGCAUUUUCGCUAAGCUGUCUCUUCUGGAAGACAGGCAGAAGAGUUCCUCAGUGGAUGCGUUACGUAUACCGGAGGUGUGGGGAGUACAGCCGGAUCCUUCCCCUCUCUCCAGCAUGACCCCUGAGAAAGAGCAGGAAAAACCCAGAAAGGUAGUUCCCAUUGAAACGCUUAUAAAACACUGGAACAAAACAGAUAGGGAAUUAGGGAAAGAUAACAUAUCUGAUAGCUCCCUAACAGUGGAUUCUAAUAGAAAGGGAUGUGAUUCCAGAUGUUCAGGAGGAAACCAGACCAGUCGUAUUAGCCAGUCCAGCAGAAUUGUUCUGGCACCUGAGAAUACUGUUAAGGGUCUUAGAAGAAAGCCGAUGGAAGAGACUUCUGUAGAUCUAUCAGUCAACAAGACUCAGCGCAUGCUUGGUGACAAAAAGCCGUGCAAAGCAUGUUGUCUCCUCUCUGCUCGUAGUGAAGAAGACAGAAAUAUCGCAGACCGGGAACCCAUUUGCAUUUCCUCAUCUAGCGCGGCAAAGUACGAAACUCCUGUGAAGCGUGAGCUUUCUCGCACGAUGGAGAACCAUCUUGCCCCAGUGGAAGGCCCAGCGCAGAAUUCAUCGGAGGAAGUUGAAGUCUUCCACGAGCAGCCGAAUGCAGAAGAGCAGAAAUCCUGCAACCAAAGAAACUUCAAACCCAGCCGGGAAAGUGAUGAUGGUUCUUGGUUUCUGAGCAAGAUUGCAGAGGAGUUGGAGGCUGUGUGUGUCGAUGCUGAGCGCAAGUCAGUGCAACAGGACUCUAGAAGGGAGUGUUUCGGUCCUGCUGAGGUUGCUCUGCUAUCACAAAGCACGGAGGUGUCUGUGUCUUGGAGAAACAAGGCCAAGCGUUGUUCUCCCUCUGGCAUGCAAAGCAACAGGUACCGUGAGAUAAGAAGCAGAGCAGCUCUUUUUUCCCCCAAACAGGACAAAGAUGAAGAAAUUAGCAGUGUAGGAAAGAAAAUGGAUCCUGAUCCUGCCCAAGAAACGAGGCGUGAAGGGGAGGAAGAGGAGACUUUGGUUCAUCAGCCGAAGGGCGUGCAAAUUGUGUGUUACAACAUGUGCGGGUCAGUAGUCAGACUCCUGGGAGCCCCCAGCAAGGCCCAUAAGACAAGCGGACUGAAGAGGCUGCUGGAGCUGGAGGAUUCAUCGGCUGGUGAAAAAAUGUCUGAGCCGAACUGGGGAGUGACCAGCAGCAGGGCUCCGAGGGCACGUAAGAGAGCGAGGCUGGAGGGAUCAGAGCAUGUGUCAAAUGAGGGAUCUGCUGAUUUGCAGCCUGCUCAGAAGGAAAUUAAAGACAGCGACUGUAACGCGGUGCUGCCUAAGAAAACAAAGCGGCUCCAGAAACCGUAUGCAGCACAUAUUCUUUGGCAAAGGCCUUUGAACUCAGAUGAUGAUAAUGAGAAGAGGAGGAGGAGAAGGGCAAGAUCUCUCCCUAAGGAAGCUUCCGUUUCUGUUCCUAGUUUGCCGCUGUCUGCAGAACAAAUUCGGGUUAAAGUAAUUGACUCACUGCGUGGGAUGCUACAGAAAAGGUUGGAGGAAUCUCUUGAUCUGGAUGUCCCCGAAGACACGAUAAUGAGAUUAGCAAACAACAUCGAGAAGGAAAUAUUCCGCCGCUUCCUCUGUGUUGACCAGCGCUAUAAAAACAAGUACCGCAGUCUCCUCUUCAACCUGCGAGCACCAAAAAAUAAGCUCCUCUUCCAGCAGGUGGUUCUUGGUGAGGUGACGCCACAGUGCCUGGUUCAAAUGAAUUCCCUGGAGAUGGCACCAAAGGAGUUGGCAGAGUGGAGAGCCAGGGAGCACAAGCAGGUGCUGGAGGUGAUAGAGAAACAGCAGCAAGAAGCACCAAUGCGUUGCUCCACAAAACUGACCCACAAAGGAGAAAUAGAGAUACACAGAGAGAUGGAAGAGAACGUCACCUUGGAAGACCUGUUUGAAUCAGUGUUAUGUAUGGAGACGCAGCCUAUUCCCCAGUCUGCUACAGAGUCUGAGAAAGACACCACAGACCAGCAUAAAAGUCACUUACUGGACCUGGAUUCCCAUAUCUGUGCUGCACAGCCAGGCCCUGAUGGCGAAGAAGGGUUUAACCCACCAAGGAACAAAUUGCUCACUCAGAAGAAGGAAGCAGAGCUCUUCAGAAAAUUACAUUCAACCAGAGUCUGUUCAGCCAGACGGAGCCAACACUCGGAGAACAAGAGGCCUGUCUCCUCCGGCAUCCUCAGGAAGAAGCCGAGGCUGCAGAAGCCCCUGGAUAAGAGCACGGUGCUGUGGGAAGGAUCCAUUCAGAUGUUCAGCAUCAAAGAGUUUUCAGCCAAAGCGUAUCCGGUUUCAGGCUACAGCAGCCACCUCGUUCAGGCUCUACCAGCACAGAUCCAGUCCAGGGGCUGUACUCUCCCGGAGGACGUCUGGGAUUUUUUAGACAGCAUCUGGCCAGCUGAAGCCAAGGAGAUGAGUGUGAUACGAUUCUACCCUGCUGUGGCCCAGGCCAUGGGCACUUACAACAUGCUCUAUACAUAUUUGAACAACAAGCAGAGAUACGGCAUUGUGGACAGCAAGCAGAUGGAAAUGUUCCUGGUGCCUCUGCCAGCCUUCCAGCCAGUUCCUGCCAAAUUCCACCCCCAGGGAGGCCCAGGUCUUGAAGCAAAUCAUUCUAGCUUAUUAUUAGGGCUGAUCCUCCCAAAGGCUGCUCCUGGAAAGGCCCCUGCGAGCAGCCUAAAGCCCAGUCUUUCGACGGGAACCAAAAGGAAGAAAGUUACUUUUAAAACCGACCUUGUGACCGAAUGCUUUGCACUUGCACCACAGAGUCCUGGGAGCAAACAGGAGCUGGCCCCCGCACCCCUGAGCAAGCUGCUGUUUAGCAGUGAGUGUUCCCCACUGAUUUCUCAUGGCCCUGAGCUCCUAACAUUUGAGAACAUGUUCACUUUCGAUGUGGCAGCAGGUGAUGGCUUACACGAAGAGACAUCUUUUGGGGCGUCUGCUUCUCCGUGCCUCCAAACCAGAGGGGAGGAAGCCAACCAAUAUAUCCAGAAUGGGGCUCUCCGUUCACUUGGCCACGUGUGCGUGCAUCAGGAAGCUGGUGGAGAGCAGCAGGGUGUGACAAGGGAGCUGCAGGUGGUUGUAGCACCAGAUACCUCUCAGACCUGGGAUAUUGGACUGUUGCAUCCAUGGUCCUGUUGUCCUGAUGAGGAGGGUGGCAGUGCUGCCUUCGACGCCAACGUGUGUGCUGUUCCCCAGUUAUCAAUCAUGUUUUAUCCGGUUCAGCCUGAUUCCCACGAGUCUUCUGCUGUUUUGCACCUCCAAAAUCCCGUUGCGACUGGAGACUCCCACCCAGGUGGCCCCAUAGAAGAAGCAUUGUCUCUGAUUCACCAGCUGGAGGCACUGGUGCAGCAGAAUUCACAGCUCCAGAGCCAGACCUUUCCGUUUCCUUCUGUCGAUGGUGCACCUCAGAUAGCAGGAGGAUCCACGUUUCCACCAGCCCAGCAUGGAAGUAGUUGUGCCCCCAGCUCUGAAUGAUCCUUCUACCCUUGUGAUUCCGUGUGUACAUUUGGAAAUACAUCUUCCACUCCUAGCAUCCUUCCCUUCUGGACAGAGCUCCCUGUUCCAUACUUUGUCUUGCUUUCAAAUCCUAUUAACACUUAAUGCAAAAACAACCAAAUUGGAUUAGUGGCUUUUUAACUAUCUUGCAUAGGGCCAAUUACAACUAAACGUAACAUGCUUUUGGCUCUGGUAUAAUUAAAACAACACUGACUUGCCGUCUUGUAGAUCAAGAAAAAUAUGAUAUUGCAGACUGUGUAUGGAUAGAGAGAUCAGAACCCCUUCCUCCCCCCUCAGUUAAAUCUUACUGUAAAGUCUGAUUUAUGUGCUAUCUUUGAAGCUGUUGGGCAUUUACAUUACCACAGCCAAGGUUUAAUAAUUAACUUGGUAUGCCCAUGACCCACAGACCCUACGAUUUUAGGAUGUUAAACAUUUCACUUCUGAUAUCAAAACACAUCAUGCCAAACAGCAUAGGAAAGAAAUCCCCAUUCUGGUCAUUCAUUGCCACGGAGAAUCACCAGCACGGUUGACAGAACGUGCUCCUUGCGCAUGAAAGCAGCAUUGUCCCAAGAAUAAGUUUGCAAUUGCUCCUAGAAGACGCAACAUCUGGAUCGCUGACAGUCCCCCAUGGGCUGCUUGGGAGGUUGCGGAUUGCUUGAAACAUGCCCGUAAGGCAAGGUGGCCUCUGAGGUUAUUCCACCUGCUCCGAGAACAGAUGGAAGAACAUGAAGGCAUCUCGGCGUGUCGGCAGCCACCUGGCGGGGGGAGUGGGAGCAGAGAUACGGAGUAAGUGCCACGGUGCUUCAACCUGAGAGGGGACUUGCUCUCUCUGCUUUCUGUGGCUGCAACAAGGAACAAGUGACCAUUUCUCUGAGCAUCGAGACUCAAGGAAGCACUUUGCAAGGCAAGGCUUGAGGCACUUUUUGUACCUGUUCAAAAACUAUUUACCUCCAGGAGAAGAGGGUGACUUUUUUUAAUGACCUCUGGCGCUCUUUGGACUUUAACCCUGUAGGAAAGGUUUUCAGGGGACCUUUUUAAAACCAUGGUAAGAGCAUAAGCAGCAUUGCCCGCUGGCAGAAUAAUACUGAGCUGCUAACAGUUUUAACGUUACUGUGCAAGUACACAAAAUGUUUUUUUUAUAUUUAUAGUACUUGCGGGUUGUUUUUUUGAGUGGUUAUUUAAGCACAUACAUCUCGGGAUCUUCAUGAAGCAUGGGCACUGUGUGUCGGUUGUUUGAGGCUCCUUCAUUUUACAUUGUCCCAGGACAUGAUUUUAAAAAUCUCUCAUGUUCUUUGACUGGUAGGCACCAGCAAUGCUAGAAGACAAGGGUUCAAAUAUUGGCUGGAUGAUCUCCAGCUUGGGGGAAAGCCAGAAUGGUAGAUUGUUCUGUUUUUAUGUUACGGACCUUGCAGUGUUUUUUAAAUAAAUAUAAAGGCUAAACCCCCA